AGACUCCACAAAGCAGAUUUCAUCAAGCUCUAUUAUUUCACAAACAAAGGCCUAUGUGAUGCAGAGCUGACCAUCUGCUCAACAGAUGAUGACACCCUAACCCUCCUCCAGACAGGAGAAGGCCUGCACUCCUUUGUACCUCCUAGCAUGGUCACCAAAGAUGAAGACCUUACAUGGGAAGAAUUCUCAGAAGCCACACACAGACUAGCCAAUGCUAUGAAAGAGAACAACUGGGAGGCUGACAACAUCAGCAAUCAUGUCAAAUUCUGGCUGGUGCUUGAGAACCAUCCCUAG